GCGCUGCAGAUCCACUUCACGCUCAUCCAGGCCUUCUGCUGCGCCAACGACAUCCACAUCCUGCGCGCCUCCGGCCUGGAGCGCCUGGCGGCCGUGCUGGGCGAGGGGCCCCCGGGCGGCGGCGUGGAGCCGCGGGACCUGCACUGCCUGCUGGUGACGAGCCCGCACACGGACGCCUGGGGCAGCCAGGGCUUGGCGGAGGUGGCCAGAUUCUGCCAGGAGAGCCGGUGCAACGACCAGUGGGUGCCCUACGUGGCUCUGCAGGCGCGCUGA